CCCUCCAUCUCUCUGGGUCGCUGUUGGGACUGGUCGUCUUCGUCUUUGUCUCCAAUCCCAAUCCGGUCUCAGCCAAAUCCACUUCUAUUCUUAGCGGUGAAAGCCCAUGAAUCCGGGGAACCACAUUGACGUUACUAUUUGUCUCUCUCUUUAUGAGUCAGAUGUGGACAAGAUCUUUCUUCCUGUCUUUCAUGGUUGUCCUCUUUUCUCUUACAAUCGACUUCCUCUCCGAGGGAGACCGACCAUCUGUCCCUUAAUCACUAACAGGUGAUUGACCUUCCGGUUGUGGCUGCCUUGCAAGGCGGCUGGAUCGUCUGUGCUUAUGUGGCUCGGUCCAUUUAAAGCCCAGACAAAAAUACGUGCCGACCGAAAGGGUUAAACGUCUUUUGCCUUCAGUGUUUUUUCGGGCCAACUAAACCAUUACCCAUUACCUAUCUACCUACCUACCUAUACUUGCCCCUUUUUCUCCCUCGGAAUACCCUUCUUCGGCCUGCCUUGAUCACUUUCCGGCUCUCCUUCGCGCACACAGGUCGUACAUCCCUUUCGCACGAACUCAAAAAAAAAGUACCGAUCCCUUAUUCAAUCUCCAUCCUUUCCGUGAUUAUCCAAACCCCUUCGCAAUUAUCACAAUGAGCCCAAUUCAGAUUCCCGUCGAUGUGAUUACUUCACGUUUCGGUGAGCGCUUUAACAGCCUCCGAUCCCAAUCUCUGGGCUCUCGUUUCGCCAACCUCCGGCCCAUUUCCGAGUUCUUUGACGUCAAACGGGUCUCCAAGCCGGCCAACUUCGGCGAGGUUCAGAGUCGUGUGAACUACAACCUCUCUUACUUUUCUAGCAACUAUGCCGCGGUCUUCGUGAUGCUCAGCAUCUACAGCUUGCUGACCAACUUUAUGUUGCUUUUCGUGAUUAUCUUGGUGACUGGUGGCUUGUACGGGAUUGGAAAGCUUCAGGGCCGCGACCUAGAUCUGGGAUUUGCUCGAUUCAACACUUCCCAGCUUUACACCGGAUUGCUGAUCGUGGCGGUCCCCCUCGGCUUCUUGGCUUCUCCCAUCAGCACCGUUCUGUGGCUAAUUGGGGCUACCGGCGUACCACCAGGGGCACAACGGGGGAGACAAACCGGGAGGUGGGCGGAUCCGUGGGUGGAUGGUGACGAACGGAUUGAGGAGAUUAACAGUGAGGACGAGUACCUUCUGCGGGAUAACCGGAGUUUGUACAUGAAACAAUUGACUGGUAUGGACAUGGAUGAAAUCUUACGAUGGCGGAAACGGAUGCUGGAAUAUGACGAGUUUUCUGACGAGACCGGGUUUGUUGAUGGUAUGGACUAUAGCUUGCAUGAAGACGGGGAUAGUACGGUCGCUUAUGCGGUUCAGCUGGCUUUGAAAGAUAAAGAGGAAUGGCAUGUGGAGCAUGCCCUGGAACGGAUCCGGCGCGCGCAGAUGUUGGGACAGAAAAAUGUACGAUUAUCGAAACGAGAACUUGAGGCACUGGAACGCAAGCGAAUGCAGACCAGUAGCAAGAGAGAUCAUGAACGCCGGAAACCCACCACUAUGGGUUCUAGGUCGAGGGAUAGCUCCACAUCAAGCGGGCAGCGACGCGAAUCCAGUAUAUCGCAGGGCGGACAGACCGCACCAUAUCGACUCUCCGGCAGCAGUUGGACCCGCAGCUCCGGCGCUCCGUCUCGACAAUCUCAACCGUCUACUCCAUCUCCCAAGUCCUCACUCCGAUAUUCUGAGCGGUAUUCCACUACAUCCCCGCAAGCGUCCCCAAGAGGUACAGCCUCCGCGUAUCCUCUCCCAGAUGACCCCAGCUGGGCGCCUCCGUAUCAACUUCCUUCUCCAAGACAUCGACAUUCGCACUCAAUGCGAGGUUCAGUGGACCCUCUGCAGGGAGCCUCACGGCGACCAUCGUCCUACAUGUCAACAUACCAAGCCGUCGCUAGUCCCAGCAGUGUGCGGAGCUUAUUCACCCCUCGGAAGACUCCAUUGCGAUCUACGGUGGAGAGGACACACGAUGACGAUGAGGAAAGCGAUGCAGGUGAUGGUCGAGUGCGUAUCGUGGACGUAGUUGAGCGCAAAGUGUCGACGGGUCGUACAGCAACCGGCAAGGGAAGCCGUCAACGCCGCCGCCGUUCUUAG